AUGGCAUCCAAGACGAAUGCGCUCCGCUCGGAGUUGCAAUCGUCUGGCGUGUCGCUGGUGGACUGUCUAGACAAUGUCAGACAGGACAUUGCGAAUCGAAUGGUCAUGGUGGACAUGCUUGUGCAUGCUAUGGACCACCCGCAUACUACUUUCAUUCUCAUCUCUGGCCAUCAAGAAUUCGCAUAUGUGGUCUCGAUUCUCAGAUUGAGAAAGUUUGAAGUCGUCGUCAUCUCAACCUCCGCCCAUCCUAGUCUCACCAGCCAAGCUUCGAUUUCGCUUGACUGGGAUAAACAUAUCAUGGACUACCCAGCGGCCGAUUCAAGCACGACCUCUUCGUCGCCUACAACACGUCCAGUAGAACUGAAUGGCAAUGCUUCACCCAUUAGGUCCGACCAUUUCAAAACUCCACCUCUGCGGCCUGUCGACACAUUUGUUGACUCUCCCAUCUUACCUUCGCCACAGCCAGGAGCUGCUCCCGCCUAUACAACCAACGUCUCUCAGCCUUCGGAAGUAGACACACCUCGUCCUACACCCGUGAAACUCGAAACACCUUUCCUCAGUAGCAACUUGAAUAGCCUGCCUCAAAUGGCUCCCCCUCGCCCAUCGUCUGCCGUUGCGGACAUCAGACCGAUCAGUAUACCUCAUUCGUCCCCGAGUGUCAUCCGUGCCCAGUCCUUCAACGCACCGAAGCCUUUUUUCCCGCCACCUCCCGAGUUUCCUUCAGCCACGACGUCUGUUAAAGACUCAGUGCCGAAGAGUAUGCAGCCAGCGACGAUUCCUCCUUCUCCCCCGCUUGCUAGUACUUCUUCGACUGUCCAUCUUUUUGGGAGCGCUUCCUCUAAAAAUCCUUUCGAUCCACUAAUCAACGUUCUGGAAGCACACAAGGCCAGCGGACAGUCACGACCCCUUCGGUCCAUUAUCGGGCAGGAAUUGGCCAAGUCGGUUUAUGAGCGUGCCGGCGCGCAGUCAUUCGCCGAAUACACGGCACAAGCGGAGCAGCAUGGUUUAGUUGAGAUGGGAGGCAAUAACGGCCUUGCCUGGAUUUCUUUGAAAGCCCCUUCUGUCAAUACGAAGAAAGCAAUUCCUGUCAUCUUCCAACCUUUGGUUGAUGCUAUCCUGAGCCAAAGAGCUCGGGGCAUCUCCAAACCUCUUCGGAGCGUCAUUGGCUCUGAGAUUGUGGGAGGGCCGUCCGUAUAUGCGGCUGCUGGAGUCAAGCAGUUUCGACAAUAUACUGCGCUGGCAGAACAAAACAGAAUCAUUCAGAUGGGAGGCGCCCAAGGCGAAGAGUGGAUCAUGCUUCACAGUAGUGUACUCUAA